CGUGGGCGAUUGUGGCUGGGGCGGUUCAUGUGCUAAAUUACUGUUUUUAAAUAUUUAUGUAGCCAAAAAUUCAGUUUAAAGAGCGAGAAAUUUAUUCUUUGAAUUAUUUGUUCAUAUGACAAAGGUUAAUGGAGCCAUAGUAGCUAAGUUGUAUGCCUCGCUUCGAAAUUGUUAAAAUUAACGGUUGAAUAUUCAGAUAAAAACGUAACUCAUAAUAAUUCAAGCACUUAAGAUGGAAGUGGAUACGAACGAUAUGGAUAAUAGUAAUUAUACAUUAGAAAGUAAUUUGAAAAACACAAACAAUGAAAAGAAAAGAAAACGCGAAGAGACAAAGGAAAGCAAGCAGAUUGCUGAAGAGAAAUAUAUUCAGGAUUUACAAGAACAACAGUACAAACGACUAAUGCAUUUGUUAAAUAGAAGUAAAUUUUAUUCUUCGUACAUUGUUGAUAAAAUUAAUAAUGGUUUGGCGAAAGAAACAAACGCUAAAACUUCAGAGGAAGAUAACAAAGAAAAUUACAAUGAUGGAAAUAUGCCGUCCAGAUUAAAAGGAAACAAGCAAGUUAAUAAAGUGAAAAAUCAUAUAUCCAAAAAUGUACAAGAGAAGAUACAUAAUGAAACAAGCAAACUAGAUUUAAAUGAAGAAGAAAUGCUAAAAGAUUCUGAGAUCAAAGCAAAACCAAUUGAUAAUAUUGAAACACCAAGAUAUUUUAAUGGAGAGUUAAGAGAUUAUCAAAAGCGGGGAUUUCAAUGGCUAAGAGUUCUUUACGAGAACGGUAUAAAUGGAAUUUUAGGAGAUGAAAUGGGAUUGGGUAAAACAAUUCAAGCUAUUGCUCUGUUAUGCCAUCUCAUUGAAAAACAACAAGAUGGUCCAUAUUUACUAGUUGUUCCUCUCUCUACCGUACCAAAUUGGUUAAUAGAAUUUGAACGAUUUGCCCCAAAAUUACCCGUCGUGUUGUUUCAUGGACCAAUAUCCGAAAGACUAGCAGCGAGGAGAGAAAUUAAGAAAAAAUAUCCAAUUACAUUAUCUUUUAGUACUUUUCCAAUUGUACUUACUACUUUUGAAGUACCAUUAGUAGAACAACAUUUUCUGAGAUCUUUCAAUUGGAGAUAUAUAAUUGUAGACGAAGGACAGAAGAUUAAAAAUCAUCAGUGUAAACUCGUUAAAGUUCUAAAAUCUUUCAAGUCUAUGAACAGACUUUUAAUGACGGGUACGCCGCUGCAAAAUAACUUGGCUGAGUUGUGGUCGUUGUUAAAUUUUCUGCUACCAGAAAUAUUUGAUGAUCUUGCCGUCUUUGAGUCAUGGUUCGAUGCAAAACAUUUUGAACGGAAUGAGGGAACCAAGAAAUUUUUGAAAUUGGAAGCAGAGAAACAAGUAUUAUCAACGCUGCGUGAAAUAUUGAAACCAUUUAUGUUGCGACGCGAAAAAAGCGAGGUUUGCGCGGAUGUGCCACCAAAGAAAGAAAUAGUCAUUUAUGCUCCCCUCACGGAACUGCAACAUGGAUUGUAUAAGGCAGUAGUGACUCGUGAUAUAGAUAAGUUAACUAAGAUAGAAAGUGAAAAACUUCAAAUGCUUACUUCAGAUGGUCAAAGACCAAAACGUAAAUGUGUGUUAAAUAAAAGUGUCGACAGUAUAAUGAAAUCGGCAGUUGCUAAUUCUUUACUUGCUGAAACUAAUAAAAGUAUGAACAGUAAUAAAGGGAAAUAUACGAAAUCUACGAAAAUGAGAGAAGAGGAGCAGAAUUUACUACAAUGGAAACAAUAUACUGAUGUCACAGAGCGUAAUCGAGACUUUCUCAUUAAUAUUCAAGUUGGCAGUUGGACUUUAUAUAAGAAGAUUUUAAAUCAUCCGUAUAUGAUACAUUGUCCGUUGGGUCAUGAUGGUUUACCAAAAAUAGAUGAACAAUUAGUUAAAGCAUCGGGCAAGCUUUUGGUGUUAGAUACUCUGCUUGCAAAACUUAAACAACGAGGACAUAAAGUUUUAUUAUAUUCUACCUGGACACAGAUAUUGGAUAUGAUAGAGGAUUAUCUUUCCCUGCGCGAUUAUAAAUAUGUCAGGCUCGACGGUCAAACUAAACUGGAAGCUCGAAAAGAACAUGUCAAACAAUUUAAUACAGAUCCCGAGACAUUUUUAUUCCUCCUAUCUACGAGAGCGGGUGGUGUUGGAUUAAACCUCAUGGGCGCGGAUACAGUUAUUAUAUACGAUCCCGAUUGGAAUCCUCAAGCGGAUAUACAAGCUAUGGCACGUUGUCACAGAAUUGGUCAGACACGGCCAGUGGUGAUAUACAAAUUAUGUGCUAAAGGAACGAUCGAUGAAAUAAUUUACAAUCGCGCGGAAGCUAAACGUGUCUUGGAAAAAGUAGUGAUCUCCACGAAUAUGAAAAAGCUAAGCAUAAAUAAUAAAUCAGAUUUACUGGCCCUACAGAGACUCCUAGAAUCAAAAGAAUGUCAAGUGAUUGCUUCUGAAAAUGAAGUACUUACAGAUGAGGAGCUCAAUAAAUUAUUAGAUAGAAGCGACAUGUAUAUAAAGCAAGAGUCGUAAUAUUCUACAGAAAAUUACGUGGGAACUUUCAGCAUAGUAUGUAAAUAACGUAUUAUCUUAUUUAUUAUUAUUUUAAUUAAUUUAAAACAACUUGUUCGUUCUUUUAUCGUAUAAUUGUUGUAUUUUGUUCUUUUACUGUAUUUAUUCUGCAAUUUAAGUUAUUCUGUUCAAUGACAUAUUAUUAUACAAACGAAAGAUAAAAAUGACUAUACUUUCGAAAAAAAUGAAGAUUACGUAUUUAGUUACAUUAUAUAAAAAAGUUUUAGUUUCUAACUAUUACUCAAAAACAUCAGUAUUAAUUAACAGACGAAGGAACAAAAUAAUA